AAGUCAGGGGCGAUGCUGAUGCAAAGGUGGGCUCUAUCGGUGUUGGAGUUAAUGCCUGGACAUCCGUUUGAAGAAGGCGAGUCAGGCAGCAUUGCUGUUGAGCCUUAAAGCAGUGACCUCUCCUGGACACUGUGUGUUUGUGGGAGAGAAUUGUUUGUGUGUCUGUUGUAGAUUUGUCUCUGUCCUGGAGCCUUCUGUACUUUUUGCUCACAGUUCGCCUUCCCCUCAGUGGAGUAGAGAGUCAGCACCUUGUGGAGAGAGGAGGACAAGCCAGCACAGCGGAGAUCUCUCAUCAUGCACAUAUUUGAGCAGCAGCAUUCCUGAACUUUUCCAAUGACUAAAGUCAAAAAAUGUUGUCUGUGUAAUAGACGGGGGUGGCACAAUUCGAACUCAGCACAGAAGCAGCCAACUUUGUUCCACUCUGCAAACCCCUCCUCUCCCAAAUGACCUCAUGUUUUCAAGAACACCCUUUUUUCUCUCCCCUUUGGCUGAGCGCUCAGGAUUUGGCGGCAGUGCUGGCUGUUCCGGAGUGUGACUGUGAAUGAAGGACUGAGUGUGUGAGUGAGUCGGGACUGGGGAACAGCGAGACCAGCAGCGAUGAGCUCGGAGGUUAGGGAUGGACGGCGGCUAGGCAGUUUUCUGCACUGCUCCCUGGCGUUGGUGCUGUUCUCUGGGUCACUCGCAUACAACCUGGAUUCUCACAGUCGCAGCGUAUACAGCGGACCGCAAGGCAGCUAUUUCGGAUUUUCUGUGGAGUUUUAUAACCCCGAUCCAGCAACGCCAAGUGUUCUUGUCGGAGCUCCGAGAGCUAACACCAGUCAGCCGAACAUAACCGAGGGCGGUGCUGUCUAUUCUUGUGCGUGGGGCACGAAUGGCACCGACUGCCAGCAGCUGCCGUUUGAUCUGACAGGGAACCGGCUCCACAACCAGACGGAAGUCCUUGAGUACAAAUCGAACCAGUGGUUUGGCGCGAGUAUUCGAUCAUACAAUCACACAAUUCUGGCAUGUGCACCUCGCUACAAAUGGAGAGGCAGUGAGCAGCAGCGGGAAUUGGUUGGGACCUGUUACCUGUCGCUGCGGAACUUCAGUGAUGUGCUAGAGUACGCCCCGUGUCGUACCAAAUGGCACACACCAGCUGGCCAGGGUUACUGCCAAGGUGGUUUCAGUGCUGACCUGACAGAGAAUGGGCGAGUGGUGCUUGGAGGGCCUGGCAGCUUCUACUGGCAAGGCCAGCUCCUUUCUGCCAACAUUGAGAACAUUGUUCCGCCUCAGGCUGACUUCAGCUACAUCCAGUACACGGUUGGAGAGAUCUACAACAAGCAGUCUGAGAGCUCCUUCGAUGACAGCUACCUCGGUUACUCUGUUGCCGUGGGGGAGUUCAGUGGAGAUUCUAUUGAAGAUUAUGUGACUGGGGUGCCCCGUGGCCAGGACACAAUCGGAUACGUGAGGAUAUUAAACGGGACAAACAUGGAGACCAUAUUCAAUUUCUCUGGUGAGCAAAUGGCUUCGUACUUUGGCUAUGCUGUAGCAGUGACUGACAUUAACAAUGAUGGGCUGGACGAUGUUUUGGUCGGGGCCCCAAUGUAUAUGGAGCGAGAGUCCGGCGGCAGGCUGCAAGAGGUUGGUCGGGUCUACAUUUAUUUGCAGACUGGGCUGUUGGAGUACAACAUCCGUCAGAACCUGACGGGUACAGAUAUCUACGGUCGCUACGGAACAUCAGUCGCAGUGUUAGGAGACCUGGAUCAGGAUGGAUUCAAUGAUGUGGCUGUUGGUGCCCCUUAUGCCGGUGACAAGAGCCAGGGCCUGGUCUACAUCUACAAUGGGCGGCCUGAUGGCCUCAACAGUACCCCGUCCCAAAUCCUGGUGGGCAUGUGGGCCACCACCACCAGUAUGCCAGCUAGCUUUGGAUUCGCAGCCCGGGGAGCAACGGAUCUUGAUAUGAAUGGGUACCCAGAUGUGAUUGUUGGGGCAUUCGGUGUUGACCAGGCUGUUGUUUACAGGGCCAGGCCGAUUGUCCGGGCAAGUGCCAGUUUGAAAGUAAGCCCUCCAGUCUUCAACCCUGAGGAGAAGGGGUGUACCAUAAAUGGCACUGACAUUCAGGUUACGUGCAUCAAUGUCAGUUUUUGCCUCAGUGCCUCUGGGAAACAUGUGCCUCAGUGGAUUGGUUUCAAGGUGGAGUUGGAAUUGGACAGCCUGAAGCAGAAAGGGGCGAUCAAGCGGGUGCUGUUUCUCGAUUCUCGCCAGCCUCUCUUCCAGGACAAGGUGAUCAUCAACAACGGGCGUGGCGAAAUCUGCCAAGACCUGAAGGUCUACCUGCGGGAAGAGCAUGAGUUUCGAGAUAAGCUCUCACUCAUCCAGGUAGCUAUGAAUUUCAGUCUGGAUCCAGCAAUGCCCCUGGAUAAUCACGGCCUGCAGCCAAUCCUCAGCUAUUCAACACGGGAGUACCUCACUCAGGAGGCCCAGAUACAGCUAGACUGCGGUGACGAUAACAUCUGUGUGCCAGACCUACAGCUCUCUGUGUGUGGGGACCGUAAAACGGUGUAUCACGGGGAUGAGAAUCCACUCACGUUAAUCUUUGACGCAAGGAAUCUGGGGGAGGGAGGAGCCUAUGAAGCAGAGCUGUAUGUAUUUGUGCCCGCUGAGGCAGAAUACAGUGGAAUAGUGCGGAAUGAGAGUCUUGCAAAACUCAGCUGCACCUAUAAUAAUGAGACUGUGAUCUGUGACCUGGGCAACCCAAUGAAGUCCGGAGCCAACCUCUCAGGGGGUCUCCGCUUCACCGUCCAUCAGCUGCAGGGUGACAAGAAAUCCAUCGAGUUUGAGCUGCAGAUUCGCAGUAAGAACCUCAACAAUUCGAGAAGUGACAUUGUGCCCUACAAGAUGGAGGUGGAGGUGGAGGCUCACAUCAGCAGCCGAGGUGCCCCUAUCCCAAAGGAGAUUGUCUUCGCCACGACUAGUCCAAAGCCCAGAAGUGAACCAAUCACCGAAGAGGACGUGGGGCCACCACUCAAAUACGUCUUUGAGGUUUCCAACAAUGGUCCCAGCUCCAUCAGUCACUCGAUCCUACAUGUGACAUGUCCGGUCCAUUAUCAGAAAGAGCGCCUGUUGUAUAUCACUGACUAUAAAACUGUUGGACCCCUCCUGAACUGUACAGCUAGCAGCUCCCUCAACCCUCUGCGACUGAAGCUGCAAAGCCCACCAGCGGAGUCAGCCCGGACACUGAAUGUCAGUUCGGAGAAGCCGGAACAUUCUAUCCGCCGUCGGGAAGCUGCGAGGAAGCGACUGGGGGACCUGGAGAGCCUGAGUUGCCAGCAUGUGGAGUGCCUGAGCCUGAUUUGUGAGGCGGGUUUGCUGAGCAGGGGUGACAAUGUGGCACUGGAGAUCCGAACGCGGGUGUGGGCACGCACCUUCCUCCAGUGGCAGCACCACCCCUUCACUCUGCCGUGCAAUGCCUCAUUCCAAGUGCACAGCAUGCCUUAUCAAAUCCUGCCAAAGGACUACCCGAGAGGAAGCUUGGUGGUCUCGACUCCUGUGAUGUGGAUUAAGCCAGAGAGUUCAUAUUCCGUCCCACUCUGGAUUAUUAUUCUGGCUGUGUUGGUCGGCCUGCUCCUGCUUGCUCUCGUCAUCUUCAUCUUGUACAAGCUCGGUUUCUUCGAGAGAGCCAAACUGCCGCAUGGGACAGCGAUGGAAACGGCACACCUGAAACCACAGGCCACGUCAGAGGCUUAAAGAUGGCGCGACAGCGGCCCGGUGAUCGAGGAGCGACACGUUGCACUGCUUCCUUCUCUGGCCCUGCUCGCUCACUCACUUUGAGAGAGCAGCCCUGAGCGAUAUCCUGACCUGUGCCUGGGUAACAGGCUGCUCAGAGCGACCGUGAACUCUCCUCGAACACAUUAUUUAAGGAAAUGAUUCAAAAGCACUGAUUGUGAUUUGAAACCAUUCUUUCACGCUCCCUCGGUGGCUGUAUCGAGAAGUGCUGGGUUUUGAUGUAAAUUUUUCAAAAUGUUCUCAGAGUGCAAUAUAUUUUAUAUCUUCUAUUUUUUCUCCCCCGCACCCCACUUCCCCCACCCCCCCGCCCCCAGUGACCUACAGAACCAGGGUUGGCCAAUGUGAAUCUUUUUAUCUCUUUCCGCCCAGGGAGAGAGGGAAAAUAAGCUGUUUCCCCCUCUCUGGGUUCCCAAAGGUUUCCAAUCGGAACUGUCCAGGGUGCUGCAGGGUCUGAGGGUGUCUCAGAUGAAUGUGCUUCCUCAGAAACUUGGAGCUGGAAGGGAACUAUCUGGGGGAGAGGACGGAGUGCACAGGGAAGGGAUCCUGAUUGGUUCCUCCAUUGUAUGUUCACCAGUGCCAUUCUGUGAGCCAUGCAGUAGUGACACCUCCCACAGAUCCAUUGUUGCCGUUUUACCAAGGGUGCUAUUCUCUACACACAGAAUUCACAUCUUCUCUCCCUUAUCCUCCACUGUCCUGGCCGUCCGAAACUCUCCAUCUUCAGGCUAAAACCUCAAAAGCCCUCCUCCCAGGGCGAUCCUAUUGGGGCUGCCUGGUAAUCCCAGAAUGGGUGUUGUAACCGUGAGUGGCUUGUGGGUUUGGAAAUGAGCAGCUCCCCGGCUGUGAAGAGUAGGGAGGCACAGAGCUGACAACAAGGAGAGACCUUGCAGCUGGCUCGGGCACAGUUUCAAGGGGAAGCCAGGCUUCAGGAGGUGGGAUGGGGAGGGCGACUCGACCAUUUGUCAAGAGAGGUCGCCUCAUCUCUGGCAGGGAGUGCUGCCACCUUUCUCUGGUACUGGGAUGGGAUCCACUGUGAGAUGUUGGUCGAGUCACUAAUAGAAACCAAUCUGCUCAGUCCAAACCACACGAGACACUUUGGCUGUAGGUUGUCGUUUUGUUGGUCUCCUUUAAUUUUUAUUAAGAAAGUUGUACAUUAAUUAAGGAAUUAAAUUGAAAUAUACCUUUUUAAAACAAAGAA